AUGGCCACAGUCGAGCGCAAGCUGUCCGACUCCUCUAUGUCCGACGAGAAGUCCAUCGCCAACGAGAAGGGUCCUCUCGACCUUCCCGUCCUCGAUGCCGGCGUGGAUGUCGACCCCAACGCCGUUGGUGAUGUAUCGGAGGACGUCCGUGCAAUCGACCUCGACGAGUCCGGCAAGGAGCGUCCCAUCGAGACAGGGGAGGACUAUGCCCUCCGUCUUGUCUCUCUCGACGAUGAUCCCACCUUGCCCAUCCUGACCUUCCGCACCUGGUUCCUCGGUCUCGGCCUUGCCUGCUUCGCCGCUGUCCUCGGCGAACUCUUCUACUUCCGUCCCCAGACCGUCCAGGUAUCCGGUCUCUUCCUCCAGGUUCUCGCCUUCAUCCUCGGUCGCGGGCUCGAGGCCGUACUCCCCGGGCCCAACCACGCCAUCGACAAGAUGCGCACCCCCGACAAUCGCUUCUGGCGCUUCAUCAACCCCGGAGGCUUCAAUAUCAAGGAGCACGUCGCCAUCAGCAUCAUGUCGACCACCGCCUCGGACCAGGCCAUCGCUAUCUCCGUCUUUGCCGCCCAAGACCUCUACUAUAACGUCUCGGUCGGCCCCGCCAUCGGCAUCUUCACGUUGAUCACGUCCCAGCUGAUCGGAUACGGUCUGACGGGACUCGCGCGAGACUACCUAGUCUACCCGACAUGGGCCGUCUAUCCGUUCCUCAUGCCCCAGGUCCAGCUCUUUGAUGCCAUGCACCGCGGCCAGGGCGCCUUCCUCCAGAAGAAGCGCCGCGUCUUCUUCUGGAGCGUCCUCAUUGCCAUCUUCGUCUGGGAGUGGUUCCCGGAGUACAUCGCACCGACGCUCACGGGUAUCUCGAUCUUCUGCCUGGCGGAUCGGAAGAGCCCCUGGGUCACUCGCAUCUUUGGCGGCGCUGCCGGGAAUGAGGGCCUGGGUCUCUUCGCCCUUUCGCUCGACUGGAAUUACAUCGGGUCUGGCGGCUCCGCGAUCGGCUCACUGUUCACCCCUCUCGCGACGCAGCUCUCGAUCUACUCUGGCGUCGUCGUCUGCAUCAUUGCGUUCUGCGCCUGCUACGCGCGCAAUGUGUGGCACGCCCAGAAUUUCCCGUUCCUGUCGCAGCUGCUGUUCUACCAGAACGGCACAGAGUACGAUCAGCUGUCGAUCCUGAACGCCGAUUUUACGCUCAACAACACCUUGCUCGAGGAGCAGGGCCUGCCCUACUACGCCGCCUCGCAGACGCUUUACCAGCUCUCGCGCACGGCGUACAUCGGCACCGCGGUGACGCACUUCUUCAUCUGGCACUUCAAGGACGUCUGGGAGGUCGUGCGGAACGUGCGCACGCAUGAGUGCCAGGACGUGCACUAUCAGAAGAUGAAGGUCUACAAGGAGGCCCCCCUCUGGUGGUUCGGGGCCCUCUUCUGCGUCACGUUCGGAGUGGGCCUCGGCCUCUGCUACGCCGCGGACUCGGGCCUCCCCUGGUGGGGCUUCAUCGUCGCGCUCAUCUUCUCGGCUGCGUUCGUGCCGAUCUUGGGCACGCUCUAUGCGACGGUAGGGUACCAGCCGAGCUUGCAGUUCUUGAUCCAGAUGGUGGGCGGUGCGAUGAUCCCGGGCAAGCCCGUCGCGAACAUGUUCUUCACGCUCUACGGCUACCAGACGUACCAGCUGACGCUGAACAUGCUGCGCGACCUCAAGCUCGGGCAGUACACGAAGCUCCCGCCGCGGGUGACGUUCCUGAUGCAGACCAUCGGCGGGAUCGUCGGGGGCAUCCUCAACUACGUGAUCAUGAAGUCCGUCAUCGCCGGGAACCGCGAGAUCCUGCUGGACGUGCAGGGCACGAACGUGUGGUCCGGGCAGCAGGUGCAGUCGUACAACUCGGCGGCGAUCACGUGGGGCGCGCUCGCGAAGCCGCUGUACGCGCCGGGCGCGCGGUACGGGUUCAUCCCGUGGAUGCUGAUCGCGGGGCUCGCGCUGCCGAUCCCGUUCUACAUCGCGCACCGGCUGUGGCCCAAGGCGGGGUUCAACUUCGUGUUCACGCCCGUCGUGAUCGCGGAGCUCGGGUACCUGUCGGUGGGCAUCAACUCGUCGUGGAUGACGUCGCUCGCGGUCGCGGUGUUCUCGCAGUGGUACCUGCGCAAGUACCGCCCGCGCUGGUUCCGCAAGUACAACUUCCUGCUCUCGGCCGCGCUCGACGGCGGCACGCAGAUCAUGGUGUUCGUGUACUCGUUCGCCGUCGGCGGCGCGUCGGGCAAGGCCGUCCCGUUCCCGAACUGGGGGCUGAACCCGACGGGCAACCCCGACUACUGUAUGCGGCUCGGGGAUUAG